GUUCCGCCUCAAGCAGAUCGUUAACGCGCAGAGCGACGAGAAGGAGCGCCUACUGAAGGAGCUGGAGGAUUUCGCCUUCAAGGGCUGUCCGCAGCCCUUCGUCGCCCGGGCCCUGGACGGACCACAGCUGGACAACGCGUUCCAGGAGGUAUAAAUUACAAAGGCCUUUGGAUCAAAGAAAAGCAAGUACAGCAGGUGUGAGAAACAAUGCAUUUACAAGCUGAAUCAGCAGAAUCCCAAAGAAUAAUCAAAGUGGACAAAUUAGAAAAGGCAAAGUUUAUCAUUUUGAUUUGUGUUGGGAUUGGGAAAAAAAAACCCUUUGCAUCAUGGCUCAAUAAAUAGACUGGAAGAUAUAGUUGUAUUAAAACAGACUAUAGCGACCUGAAAUUUGAAGCAAUUCAUUCUAACAUUUCAAAUUAAUUUUAUCUCUGUUAGGAUCACUCAAGCAACAGCAUGUUUCGGCAUGUUUACUUUAAAAGAUUUUUUUUGCAUAAUGAAUGGAACAUUGUGAAUGUGAAAAUUAAUUCAUUUGUUGCAAUCACAUGAAUUAAUUAAUGUGAAUGAACUCGGCAAAGUAGAGAAUGUAAUGCCAAAACAAGGUAAUUGAACAUUAAUUAAGCUGCUUUGAUUCAAGACUGGUUUGUGCAUGGCUCAAAUCAUAAAGUAUAAUUUGUACACCAUCUUGUGUGCUUUGAAAUUAAAGCUGUAAGCCUAAUUCAUUGCCAUUGCUUCACCAUUCACCUGUUUUUUAUUUUCUCAAAAAAUCUCAAAAUGAUUUUAUUUCUCAAAAACAUUGUACACUGGUCAACAUAUUUUGUUUACUCCCCACUCCCCAACCUCCUGUCCUUCAUUUUGUUCUAUCAAUUAGAGAUUUGUUUUCAGAAUUGAUUUCUAUUUCGCUGAAAUAAAUCUUGCAAGGUAUAUAUGAAGGUACAAAAACAGUACCAUUUGUUCUUCCUCAUAAUGCAAGGUGAAACACUGCAAGAUUGAUUAUUGUGUAGGAAGGAACUGCAGAUGCUAGUUUAAACCCAAAAUACACAAAAAGCUGAAGUAACUCAGCGGGACAGAGAGCAGUAAAAGGAAUAGGUGACAUUUAGGGGCAAUACUGAAGAAGGGUCUCGACCGGAAACAUCACCUAUUCUUUUUCUCCAGAGGUGCUGUAUGAUCCUCUGAGUUACUCCAGCUUUUUGUGUCUAAGAUUGAUUAUGGUAUUAAGUUAGGGUCGACAAGGGUUGACUGGACAUGAAACCAAACAACAUAAUAUUGGUGUUUAGUGCCUCUGCAAGUGAUAUUGCCAGGGUUUGAAGUUGUGUUUUAUAACAAUUUACCAAAUAAACGUAGGAUUGAUCUUCUUAAAGUUACUUGAAUAUUCAAGAUUGAUUGGAUUAUGGGCAACAAAACUACCAUGCAUCAUUUGGUUUAGCUGAUAAACUUGCUUUUACUUUGAUUGCUUUAACCAAGUCCAAUAAUUUGUGUUUAUUUGAAUAUUUUUUUCCCCCUCUAGGAAGUAGCUGUAUUUACAUUUCUAAUCAUCGCUCAGCAUUUUCCAACCUGGUUCACGUGAUUUGUUUCUGUAUUGCUCUUCAGCUAUUCUGAAUUUCAUUUUCCAACAGUUCUAUUUAAUGAAGUAAUGUACUUUCAAAUUAUUCCUUUGUAAUCCACUAUGUAUUUGUUUAUUGACAGCAAAUAUAUGGUCCUGAAUGGGUUUGGACUUUUUCUAAAGGACAUUUUAAAUAAACACUGACAAUGGGAAUUUAUUUUUUAAUGUUUGCUUCUCAGAGUGAAAGGGAGAAACUGGAACAACUCGAAGCCCAACGUCAGAAACAGAGGGAACUGAUUAUACAACUUAAGACCCAGUUGGAUGAUUUAGAGACAUUUGCUUAUCAAGAGGGCAACUACGAAUCCCUCCCACAGUCAAUUGUCCUGGAACGCCAGCGGGUUAUCAUAGACGAAUUGAUUAAGAAACUAGAUGUGAACCUCAAUGACGAUUUUAGCAGCUUGUCAUCAGAUGAACUCCGGCAUCGUGUUGAUGCGGCAAUUGCUCAAAUUGUGAAUCCAGCCAGAGUGAAAGAACAGCUGGUGGUCCAGCUGAAAACCCAGAUCAGUGACCUGGAAAUGUUCAUCAACUUUCUCCACGGUGAAGUUGGCAGUCCCCCACAAAUUGAGAAUGGGAAGUGCACAUGUCCUGUGCAUGGAGCAAGUGGAUCCAACGCAACAAGUUCAAGAUUGCCAAGUGGAAGCCACCACGUUGAUGCAGAAACAGCAAGGAAAAUAAGAGCAACUGGGUUGAGCCUCAUGCGCCGAGCUCUGGCUGUGCUGCAGAUAUUUGCUGUUAGUCAGUUUGGGUGUGCGACUGGUCAGAUCCCGCGUGGAUUGUGGCAGCCUGAUGAAAGCAACAAGGACUACAGCCCAUUGGUGCUGAAACUAGAAGGAGCUGUGGAUAAAGUUAAGCGGCUGGCGUUAAGUCAACAAGCAGAAGACCAUGUGAUCAGCAGCCAUGAUCUUUCUCUUGGUCGGAAGAACGAGCUUAUCACAGCUGUGCGAAAAGAGUUGGCAAUAUCUCUCCGAGACCUGAUGAGCCACGGUUUGUAUGAUUCCUCUCAAGGGAUGAGUUUGGUUCUAGCCCCGAUUUCAUGUCUCCUUCCCUCGUUCACAGCCGCUCCACGAACCUUGCAUCCUUGGCAACUGUUUGUGAAAUAUUACAAUACCAGAAAUGGUCGAGCCUUUGUAGAAUCUCCUGCUCGCAAGCUCUCUCAGUCUUUUGCCUUGCCAGUGACCGGGAGUGGUGUUGUGACUCCUAAACAAAGUUUACUCUCUGCUGUUCAUACUGUCCUUAUUGAGCAUGACCCUUUCAAACGGAGUGAAGAUUCAGAAUUUAAGGCCUUGAUAUGCAUGGCAUUGAAUGAGCAGCGUUUGGUUUCCUGGACAAACCUGAUUUGCAAAUCCGGGACACUUAUCCGGAGUCACUACCAGCCGUGGAGCUACAUGGCUUCAACUGGGUUUGAGAGUACACUUAACAUUCUUAGUCGUCUCAGCAACCUGCACUUCAAUCUGCCCUUCGACACUGCAGUCAGACAAUUAAAAAACAUCAAAGAUGCUUUUUAAAGUUUUCUGAUCUGUUUAUUUUAUUCAGAGGGUUUUAUUUUGUUCUAUUUAAGAUUAAUUUACUUGUUACAAUAUCUUGCAAAUUAAAUUAUGCAGCUCUUUUAUGAAUAUAAAACCUCAACUAAAUGUUUGAGGUAUGUGUCGAAUCAAUACAAUUUUUUUUAUUUUUUUCACCCAGUGGUCAAUUACAGUUCUAUUUUAACUCAAAUUUAAAUGGCGACAUGUAAGUUUCUAUAAAAUUACUUAUUUAUAAAAUACGAUAGAUUGCUCAUUGGAUUAUAGGAUGUGUAAAGCUUCUGUGCAAGGUGUAAAGAGAUUACAAGGAAUGUGACAUUUGGGCGAAGUGCAUACAUUAUUGCAAAUCUCGAUCACUAUUUAAAUUGAUCAUAUCGUAAAAAGGAAUAUUUCCUGCUGUUGGAUAAAGGACGUGAUUGUGGAUUUUGUGUAUGUGCUAACUUUCAAAAAAUGCUUACAGCCGUGUGAAGACUGACCAUAAUCAUUCACAUGAUCUUAGUCAUCAAUUUUUAAUAGUUAGCCAGACGAAUGUCUGUUAUAACAACCCACGUUCCCAUUGCUGCAAACUGGCUAAGAAGCAAAUGAACUGCAAGCUGUGACAGGCAGCAUCUCUGAAGAGAAGGACUGGGUGACGUUUCUUCAGUCUGAAGAAGGGUCUCGACCCGAAACGGUCACCCAUUCCUUCUCUCCAGAGAUGCUGCCUGUCCCGCUGAGUUAAUCCAGCAUUUUGUGUCUACCUUCAAUUUAAACCAGCAUCUGCAGUUCUUUCCUACAUGAACUGCAAGCUGUAAAGGGUAUGCAGUAAGGUCCCUUUGUUAGAAAAUCUUGUCCUAAAGAAAAUAUUGUCAUGGGAUUGCUUUUGCCCAACUUAUUGGGGAAAUCUAUUUUUCCUCAAAUGUGGGUUAGAUGUUUGCAUUUAAUUGUUGCCCUGUUUUCACAUCGGUCUUAAGCAAAGCUUUGGAUUUGUAAAGUGAGUUUUUUGUGCCCCACUGACUGCUUCAUUGUAUCGUCCAUUUUUUAAUUACAAAGGACCUGCCCUUAAGCCUAAUGGUUUUGCUUACUUAGCAUCUCACGUGGGACAUUGGUGUGGGAACCCAUGAUCUACCAAUCCAUGGCAUUUGUGCAUUACAGCAUCAACAAGCUGUGCACCGAAUAUCUCCAGUCUUCUUGCUGUAUCAUUCUGUACUUUUGCCUUGCAAAUUAGCUUUGUACAUGUCAGCAUAUUGGGCAUGGCAUAUGAUGUAACUGACUACUGUAAGCACCCUGUGUUUGAUCAAGGGUGUGACAUUUUCUUUAAUUUCUUAAGUUUCAGUUGCUCUUGCUAACAAGAGGAUCUGUUACAUGAUUGUUAUGAUCGGAUUGUUAUAUGUGAUUAUUUAAGGUAUCUUUACUUCAAAUCAUUUAUUUGUUUAUAUAUAUAUAUAUUUCAGAUGUAAUAUAUUCAAUUAAUCAUAUGUUGAAUGUCGAGGAUGUCAUGGGAAAUCUAUUUUAUCCUGGCUUUUUUUUGCUUAAGUAUUAUUCAUGUUCGUAUUUUACUGUUUUUUUGGUAAACACUGUACUCUCAUCCAUAGCAUUUUAAGUGAAUAUGUAGGACAGAGUAUUUUGUGUUUUGGGUCAUUUUCUGUACUGUAAUCCUGUCUCUCUAAAUGAUUUUACAAACUCUAUGUUUUAAUCGUUAAGUGUAAUUAAUGGCUUAUUUGAGAGGUCAUUGAAAAUGGAAUCAAUUGAUAAUGGUCAUGCACUGGUUAUCCCAAACCUGAGGUAAACUCUGUCCCUCAGUCACUAGAUAAAAUGUGCACAUUUUCAAAGUCCUUGGUUAUACUGAGCAAAAUAUGGGUGAGAGAUAUACCGUUCUUUUGAAACAUAUGAAAUACAUAUUACACUAGGACACUGGAAUACAAAAAAUCCUUGCAACAUGGCAAUGCCCAGAAGGAACUGCUUGAUCAUUGGCACGUGUCGGGUCCACAUCCUGACUCCUGUCAACGCAACCAAUAUGGCCACCAAGCAUCCUUGGUCUUGGAUAUUACGUUGCCCUUUAAAAAGCUUUUUUUUUUUAAUGUAGAUUAUGACUUUGCAUCUAGAUUCAAAUCAUAUUUCAGGCCAUGGAUGGCCUGAAAUAUGUUGGUUGCAUAUGUUGGAAAUAUGUAGGAUGUUGGUUGCUUAUGAGCUGCUUGAGAUGAGUUCAUUCACUCAUAAGGGUUGUUCCCCUUACUACAAUUUUGCAUCUCCCUUACGGAUGUGUUUAUUAACUUUAGUUACAGUGGUUGCUGCAAAACCUUGAUGCAGUUGCUGCUAACAGCGUUGGGUGUGCUUUCUGUCUCCUGCUGAUAAUGUCCCUGCUGCUAGAAGUGUAUGUUGGCUUUACCUAUGUGGCUGCUGCUCUAUGCAACCCCUUCCCUGUCCCCAAUCUCCCCCGUCCCACCCAACUUCUGGGAUUGACAAUAGAGGAACAAGUGUGCAAUAUUCAAUGUCCUUGGAAUGGUGACAUUUUUUUCCCCCAGGUAGUGGCUGCUUGUUUUGCAGCACUAAUAGAAAUGUCAACCUUUGUUUAACAUCCUCUAGUAGUUUCUCCAGGUUACCAUUUAAGUCUGUUUGAUUGAUUUUGUUUGCAGUGCAGUAUGAAACAGGAAGGCUAUAGUUUGAGCUCCUGAUUCCGCAGGUUAGAGGUUACUGUGUUUGUGUCCUAAACUGUCAAAUCAUCUGUAUUUGGAUUUUUAAAGCAUAUUAGAUUUAAGGAUGCAAUUGAGUGAGGUUGGCACUGAUCCAUGUAGUUUAUAUUGUACUUUUGCUGCUACUCUGGGUCUCGACACCCAAUUAUAGACAUACCAUCGAGCUGUCACUGUGAGACUGCUGCUCUUUGAGAUAUAUAACGACAUGCCUCCAUCUGACUGUCUAGAUUAGCAUCAAAGGUCCCUGGUGUUCAGACCUGUUUUUCCCACCAGUCAGCACCAUCUAAACACAUUAACCAGUUAAACAUCUGUUUGAUGUGUGGAAGGUUUGCUGUUACUAGUUUACCACACCUCACCAUACCAUGGUGGUUCAUGGUUGGACAGUGCAUUGGAUGUCAUUUUUGAUGAGAAACUGUGCAAAUUUUCUUUCCAAAGAUGAAUUGCACAGUGUUGUUUUCAAGCUCAGUAAGGAAAGAUUGUCUAAAAUAUUUUGAACUGAUUUUGUUGAUUACAGAUGCUACCAUGCUCCUACAUUAGAAAAAAAAAACCUGUACUUGCAUUAAAUCCUCGACAUACAGUUUUCCUGUCCAACAUGGUUUAGUAAUACAGUUGUAAUCCGCAAAGCAUACGUUUGGAACACAAUAACAGAAAAUGCUAUAAAUACAUUGCAGUUCAGGCAGCAUCGGUGGACACUACCACACAAUGUAGACGUGGGAGCUCUCCAAGCCUCCUCUACCAUUUAACCUAUGCUUCUGUGAAUCGUCAGCCUGUCCUGGAUCCCUUUGUCUAAAUAUAUUGUCACCUGGGAAAGUUUCCAGUUGAUAACCCGUAGCCUUUGAUCAGUGCUGUCUAAUCCAACUACUUCCAGUGUUUUAUAUUUAGAUUUUCCAAUGUCCACAUUAUUUUGCCUUGGUUUAAACUGGAACAUUAAGCUAAUUCUUGUUUCCAAAAAUAAAAGUAUGUGUUUAUUUAUUUAAUUAAAUGUGGUCAACUCGUUCUACUUCAUUCUGCAUGAGAGUGAAGACCAAAUUUGGCAUGGUGGUGAGGCGAUGGUUCGGUAGUUCCAGACUUUAACAUUUUUGCUCAGUUUCUACUUGACAGCCCCAGAGUUAAUAAUCACAAGUUCAUUUUAUGCUAUUAGUUUUAGUAAUUUAGUUUAGCUCCAUUACAUAUCGAGAUAGUAUCAAGGGAAGACUAUAACAUGCCUUGACUCACCAAAAGAUAAGUAACACAAUCAAGAUAAGAUAAAUAAGCAGUGCUGCUUUCUUUAAAUUUAACUAUGCAGUCAGUAUGGGAAAACAUUUAGCAGAGACCUUUGCUAAUAGUUCCAUCCAAAACAAAAAGCUUGACCUUGCAUUCUUUGCAAAUAAAUGUUUAUGAAAUCAGCACCUCACCAUAAAAUGGCAACAGGACCAAGACCAAAUGACUUUGUUGCAAUUCUGGAAUAAACUUAAUUUCUCUGACAUUCAAAUCUUUAAUCAUAUCUAGGUUAUGAAUUUCAGGAUGAUGGUGAAAGUUGUGGAAUGUAAUUGUAUAUACAUGAGGUAAAUGUAUAUUUUGGGGUUUAUUGUAAAAUUAUGCAGUAGUGUAUCUGGCAUGAAUUAUAGUUGUAUGUAAUUCUAAAUGUAAGGAAUAAAAUUAUUUGCAUUCUGUUUGUAUUACUGUAAUUAAUGUUUGAUCUAUUUCUAAUGCACAAUAAAAAUCAGGCAAUGGGU